GCCGGGCCGGGCGUUCGCCGCGGCUUCCGCACCGCCGGGGUGAGGGUCGCGGGGUGGUGCUUGGGCAGGAACGCUGGUCGCGGAGGGCGCGAGAAUCCAGGGAACUGCAGCACAGUCGGGGUAUCAUGCAUGAUAUUACCUGGUUUGAUUUCAGGCCAUCUGUGAGACUGUAAAUCUCUUCCCCAAAAUGGCAAACCUAGUGUGGUCCGUCCCAGGAGCUUUUGGCCAUUGCUAAUGGCAGAAACUGAACUCGCUCCCAGUUCACUUGUAGCCUCUGAGCGUCAGCCCAGCCCGUGUCACCCUGACCAUGGACAGUGCAGCGGCUGUGCAGGAGGGCCUGGUGGAGGACAGAUCCGGCAGUGGCACCUCAGCUCAACCCGAGGGCCCCCCAAAACCCCCUGGCUCACUGGCGCCGCUGGAUCAGUGGGAUGAAGCCCAGUGUGCCAGUGCCAAGGUAAACAGGACUUCAGAUGAAGGACGCCAGGGGGACACCUGUCUGAAUGGGCCGAUACCACAGUUCCCAGAGCCUCCCUCGCCAGCGGGUCCUGAUGCGUCUCCAGGUGUGGCUGGUUUCCAUGACAACCUAAGGAAGUCUCAGGGGACUAGUGCUGAGGGCAUUGUUAGAAAAGAAGCUUUGCAGUCCCUCAGACUCAGUCUUCCUAUGCAAGAAACGCAACUGUGCUCAACAGAGGCUUCGCUGCCCUUGGAGAAGGAGGAGCAGGUCCGACUGCAGGCUCGGAAGCGGCUGGAAGAACAGCUCAAACAGUACAGGGUGAAACGCCAGCAGGAAAGAUCCAGUCAACCUGUAACUAAAACGAGACUUUUUAGCACACUUGAUCCUGAACUCAUGUUGAACCCAGAAACCUUACCGAGGGCCAGUGCCGUGGCUAUGACAAAAGAAUAUUCCUUCCUGCGCACCAGUGUCCCUCGGGGGCCGAAGGUGGGCAGCUUAGGGCUCCUGGCACAUCCUAAGGAGAAAAAAAGUUCCAAAUCAAGCAAAAUUCGGUCUCUGGCUGAUUACAGAACUGAAGAUUCAGACGUUCGGAAUUCUGGUGGAAAUGUUCCAGCUCCGGCCUCUACCAGGGGCUCCCUGAAGCAGAACCGAGGCAGCGCGACAUCAGUGGUGUCUGAGGUCAGCCUGUGCCCCGAGGCCGACGACCGCCUGGAGAAUGCGUCCCUGACUGGAGACAACGUGUCCGAGGCUGACGGGACGGAGAGCGAUAGCUCCUCCUACAGCAGCGUCUCCGCCCGCGGGACACCAGGCAUCCCAGCGAACAUGGGGGGCAUGCGUGAGGCCCCCUACGUGGUCAGUGGCAGGGAGAUCGCAGUUGGAGCCCUGGGCCAGUUCCCCUCCAUCUCAGAUGUCCUGCAGGCUGCAGCAGCCGAGCACCAAGAGCAGAGGCAGGAAGUCAAUGGGGAGACGCGAAGCCGGACCAAUAGCAUCUGCAGCAGUGUGUCCAUGGAAAGCUCUGUUGCUGAAACUCAUGAUGAAAUGUUGCAGGUUCUUAAAGAAAAAAUGAGACUCGAAGGACAGCUGGAAGCUUUAUCAUUAGAAGCUAGUCAGGCACUUAAAGAAAAGGCCGAGCUGCAGGCGCAACUGGCUGCUCUGCACACGAGGCUGCAGGCGCAGCUGGAGCACAGCCAUAGCAGCCAGCAGAGGCAAGAUUCACUCAGUUCAGAAGUGGACACCUUGAAGCAGUCCUGCUGGGACCUCGAGCAGGCAAUGACUGACCUGCAGAACAUGCUAGAAGCCAAGAAUGCCAGCCUGGCAUCCUCCAACAGUGACCUGCAGGUGGCAGAGGAGCAAUAUCAGAGACUAAUGGCCAAAGUGGAGGAGAUGCAGAGAAGCAUCCUCAGUAAGGACAACACAGUGCACGACCUGCGGCAGCAGAUGACAGCCUUGCAGAGCCAGCUACAGCAGGUGCAGCUGGAGCGCGCCACACUAACCAGCAAGCUGAAGGCAUCCCAGGCCGAGAUCGCGUCCCUGCAGAGUGUCCGGCAGUGGUACCAGCAGCAGCUCGCCCUGGCCCAGGAGGCCCGGGUCAGGCUGCAGGGCGAGAUGGCCCACAUCCAGGUUGGACAGAUGAGCCAGGCGGGCCUUCUGGAGCACCUGAAGCUUGAGAACGUGUCCCUGUCCCACCAGCUGACGGAAACCCAGCAGAGGUCCAUCAAGGAAAAGGAGCGCAUUGCCGCCCAGCUCCAGGGCAUUGAGGCUGACAUGUUGGACCAGGAAGCUGCCUUUGUGCAGAUUCAAGAGGCGAAGACGAUGGUAGAGGAGGACCUGCAGAGGAGGCUUGAGGAGUUUGAAGACGAGAAGGAGCAGCUGCAAAAGAUGGUGGGCUCGGCGGCAGUGCUGGAGCAGCAACUGGAGCAGGUGAAGUUGACUUUGCAUCAGCGAGACCAGCAGCUGGAGGCUUUGCAGCAGGAGCACCUGGACCUGUUGAAGCAGUUCACCUCAACGCAGGAGACUCUGCAGACUAAGGAGCAGUCCCUUGGGGACCUGCAGGUGCGCUACGAUGAGCUGCAGGCCAGGCUGGAGGAGCUGCAGGGGGAUGCUGCCUCCAGAGAAGAUGCCAUCCAGGCCCUGCAGAAUGAGAAGAUCGUCUUGGAGGUGGCUCUGCAGGCAGCCCAGAGCAGCAGAGAGGAAUUCAAUAGAGGGGUGAAACGCCUGGAAGAGGGGGCCCAGGACACGUCGGACACUUUAGAGCAGUUGAGACAAGAAUUAGCCAUCAAGUCCAGCCAGGUGGAGCACCUGCAGCAGGAAGCUGGAGCUUUGAAAAAGCAGACGCAGAAAAUAAAGGAACAGUUUCUUCAACAAAAGGUGAUGGUGGAGGCCUAUCGCCGCGACGCCACCUCCAAAGACCAGCUCAUCAGUGAGCUGAAGGCCACGAAGAAGAGGCUGGACUCAGAGGUGAAGGAGUUGCGGCAGGAGUUGAUGAAACUUCAAGGGGAGAAGAGGUCCAUGGAGGUGGAGCACUCACGCCUGCAGAAGGAGGUGUCACAGGUCCAGCAGCAGGUGGUGGAUCUCGAAGGGCACUUGCAGUUGGCACAGAGGGAGCGUGACGAGAUGGAGACGCAGUUACAGUCUUUGCAGUUUGAUAAAGAGCAGAUGGUCGCUCUGACGGAGGCCAACGAGGUACUCAAGAAACAGAUAGAAGAGUUGCAGCAAGAAGCCACGAAGGCCAUCACAGAACAGAAGCAGAAGAUGAAGCGUCUGGGUUCGGACCUGACCAGCGCACAGAAGGAGAUGAAGACCAAGCACAAGGCCUACGAGAAUGCAGUGGGCAUCCUCAGCCGCCGCCUGCAGGAGGCCCUCGCGGCCAAGGAGGCGGCCGAGGCCGAGCUGAGCCAGCUGAGAGCCCAGGCAGCCACCGGCGGCAGCGACCUCACCUUGCAUGAGCGGGUCCAGGUGCUGGAGGCGGAGCUGCAGGCUGUCAGCCACAGCAAGAUGAUGCUGGAGAGGGAGCUGCAGGAGGUCAUCUCACUGACCGGCCAGGAGCUGGAGGAGCAGCGGGAGAAGGUGCUGGAGCUGGAGGACGAGCUUCAAGAGUCCAGAGGCUUCAGGAGGAAGAUAAAGCGCCUUGAGGAGUCCAAUAAGAAGCUAGCUUUGGAACUGGAGCACGAGAGAGGGAAGCUCACGGGCCUCGGGCAGUCCAAUGCAGCCUUGAGAGAGCACAACAGCAUCUUAGAGACGGCAUUAGCCAAGAGGGAAGCAGACCUAGUUCAGCUGAACCUUCAGGUGCAGGCAGUUUUGCAGCGCAAGGAAGAAGAGGACCGCCAGAUGAAGCAGCUUGUCCAGGCCUUGCAGGCCGCACUACAGAAGGAAAAGGUGAUGGUGCACGGCCUCGAGGAGCAGGUUGCUGCAGCCAAGGCAGAAGCGGGCCACAAUCGCCGCCACUUUAAGGCUGCCACCUUAGAGCUGAGCGAGGUGAAGAAGGAGCUGCAGGCCAAGGAGCAGGAGGUCCAGAGGCUACAGGCAGAGGCCGACGGGCUCCAGAUCCAGGAGGGGAAGCACUCGCAGGAAAUAGCAGAAUUCCAGGCGGAGCUGGCAGAGGCCCGGACCCAGCUCCAGCUGCUGCAGAAGCAGCUGGAUGAGCAGCUGAGCAAAGAACCCAUAGGAAACCAAGAGAUGGAAAAUCUCAAAUGGGAGGUGGAUCAGAAAGAGAGAGAAAUCCAGUCCUUGAAACAGCAGCUGGACUUGACCGAGCACCAGAGUAAACAGGAGUUGGAUGGAAUACAGCAGUCGUUACAGAAUAUUAAAUCUGAGCUGGAGAUGGUACGGGAAGACCUGUCUAUGACCCAGAAAGAUAAAUUUAUGCUUCAAGCUAAAGUGUCAGAACUGAAGAACAACAUGAAGACACUGCUCCAGCAAAACCAGCAGCUCAAGCUGGACCUGCGGCGAGGAGCAGCCAAGAUGAGAAAGGAGCCAAAAGGAGAAGCCAGCUCUUCCAGCCCCGUGACACCGGUGAAGAUCCCCGACUGCCCUGUCCCGGCCUCGCUGCUGGAGGAACUGCUGCGGCCCCCUCCUGCCGUGAGCAAGGAACCCCUCAAGAACCUCAACAGCUGCCUCCAGCAGCUCAAGCAGGAGAUGGACAGCCUGCAGCGCCAGAUGGAGGCACACGCAGUCACUGUGCAUGAGUCGCUGUCCUCAUGGACUCAGGGGGACCCCGCCAGCCCCUCACCACCGGGAGAUCACGCCAACCCUAGAGGAGACACAGAGCGGCACGGUCAGGGCAGGGCCUCGCGAGAAGGACUUGGAACAGUGACCGCCGAGCAUCCCCACCCUGAGUGUUUGUAACUACCCCGAGGAAUGUUCUCUCAUCGAUGUUAUUUAUUUGACUGUGUGCUCUAUGUUUUUCUAAGAGGUGAAAUUUAAGUUUUGCGUUUGCCUUUACAAGGAGUAAAAUAACAAAACAGGAGCCAAGGAUUGAGAAAUAAUCAUUUGCAGAUCACAACCAGCUUUUCCCACGAAGUGACCAAAUCUUAGAAACCUAAUUUAGGUCUCAGUGAGACAUUUUUGGAUGUGUCUGAAGCAUACGUGUAGAGAAGGUAUCUUAGGCAUGACCAUAGACGCUGCUCUCGGACGGUCGCUGGUAGAGAUGUUGCACAGCUGAGUCCGGUUUCUCACUUUCCUGCCUGAUUCAGUAAGAGUUUUACUACCCCGCAGGAGUGAGGCUUCAUUUGCACCUUUGGUUUUUAUUUUAUUUUAUUUUGAUUUCAAUAGCCAUCUCUCCAUAGGAUAUGUAUAUAAAUACUGAAAAUCAUAAUCUAAACUUUAAAAAGAAUAUCCUUAUAUUAUUUAAGAAUGACCCGAAUUGUCUUUUUAUUGAUUGCCUUUUGAAAAUCUGCUGUUAGGAAAUAAUGUACAUGUAGAAUUUAGGAAUGUCAGAAAAUUAUAUUUUAAGAAAUUUAUUUACCUCCCAAAGCCAAAUAUUCUUAGACAGAAGUUCUUCGUUAUUUUAGUUUCACUCUAUUUUGAGGGUCUUUCCUUGUCAUGAGUGCACAACACCCACCUGUUCGAGCCCUGGUCCUGCAUGGCCUCACUCACCCCAGCCAACCCCUGGGCAGGCUUGAUGACCACCAGGAUGCCACACAGACACCACGGUCAGCAGGCGCUGACCUGACACGUGAGGUGUGGGGAGGGGCUUCAGGAGAAGAGAGGAGGGGCGGUGAGGAGAAUAAGGCAGGGCUGCCUGCAGGCUCCCAACCUGGGAGCAAGGCUUCCCCAGGCCUCCCACUUUCCCUUUGUGUGGAAGUGUCCAUCAGCACUGUGUGGUCAUCACGAGAUUUGCCAGCCUCUGUGUGUGACAGCCUUCAGAAGGGCCUUCCCCUCUCAUCUGGAGAGCAGCAAGGUUUCUGAAAGGGGCAGGUCAGCACGAGAGGGUCUCUAGAGCCUCCCAUGUGGGACGCCUUAUUGGAAACCAGACACCCCAAGUGUGUGAGGUCCCACCUAGAAUGACUGAGACUCGAGGUUUGAAAGUCUGUCACUAGUUUGCUAAGAUGAUGUCAAAUAAUGUUUAUUGUUCCAAGUUGAGAGAGAGAGAAUGGGUCUGUGUGGCCCCCGUGCAGGGCGGCUGGUCUGAAGAUGAAGUCUGCGGUGUUACUGAUCAGGCCAGACACGCGUGUCACCUCAUCACCUGGGUCUCUUGUGGAGAAAACAGCGUGGUGUUUUUAAGCUGCUUGCGUUCUCUCACAAUAUGCUGUUAGAAGGUUAAUCAGUAAGGUUAAAAUAGCACUAAUCAGAAAGAUGUUUAGCAUUUUAAAAAGUUCUCCAGCAAGUAUUGGAACUUCUAAAAUACGUAUAUCAUUUGUACAGGGUUAUUCUUGGAAACUAUACUUGAACCUUCAUUAUAUAAAUAUAUUCUACUUUUCCUUCUAAGUUGGAAAUCAUUUUUGACAAACUGUUUUUGUACCAUUGGAAAAGAAAAAUGGUAAUUUACAUUCUUAUUUAUUUUGGCUGCGUUAUCCUUUAAUUUUAGAGCCAAGAAGUCACUUAGCCUCACUUUGUAGCUGCUUUCUCGCUCCUUGCUAAGGUCUUCUGGAAAAUCACCGUGCAUCUUCUUCCUUAGGAAAUGAUGAGCAAAUCUUGAGUGUGUCCAUCAAGAGAAAGCCAGUCUCUGUUUUUCACCCCUUUUCCUUUGUGGAGUCACCCUCUGUUUCAGCAGCAGCACCUCCUUGGGGCUCCUGCCAACCUCCUGUGCCAGCCUUAUCCGUAGUUCUGGGCCAGCCUGACCUGCCUCUGGCCCAAGUGCUCUGGCUGCCCCCCACCCCCUGCCCUGUCCUGUGUGUGCCCCUUGUGCCGUCACGCUGGCCUGCAGUUCCUGAUCUGGGGCCCUUGUGUCCAGGCUUCCUUAACAAAUUAUCCUAAAGGAGGAAGUUGGACUGAAGUCACCUGCUCUUGGUUUGUUAAGGCUUUUUUUUUCCUCUGAGAGACUUUACUGGCGCUCCUGCCUCCCAGCAUUUGAAAUAUUCUUCUUCCAUGGGCAGAAGUGGGAAUUAGGAAUUUGCUCAUGGAAAACAACAGUCAACUCUGGAGUACUUGUAGAAACACAUUCGUCAUCACAUUGCAUUUGUGUAUGUUGUUAAUCCUGUACCUUGUGUCCUCAUUGGAGGACGUGUCAGCUUGGACACUUCACGAUGUUAUGACUUGAUUUUCUUAUGUUCCAAAAAUAACUUACUGCGAGGUGGUUAUCAUUGAUUUUUCCACGGUACCCAUCACAUAGAUGCCACGGAUUUACAUGCCUUUGUUCUACUAUUCGGGAGGUGUAACAGGCAUUGUUUUUGCUAGGAUGUGAAACUGGUUCAUUCUCUGGCCUGGGGUCCAGGUACCAAGAUGGGCCUUGAAGAAGACAGCCCGUGGAAAGCUGUGUUAGGAAGAUUCUCAUUAAACUCUUCCUCAGUUUAAAGACUUUCUUGGUCUUAAGGAUACUGCUAAAGCCAUGGGCCUGCAGAGUCAUCAGGACAUAUAUUCCUAUGAGUAUUUUUUUAACAAAAAUUAAAUGUCAUGUAAAGACUGCUAGUAGUGAAAGGGACCAGCAGAUCUGAGAGAGAAAUGUCCCGGAGCCUCCCCAAGAGCCCAUGACAUGCAUAGUGCAGGGGCGUGUGAGACACUCUGAGCCUUACUCAAACAAGUCACUCACUCCCAUGCCAGGCGAUUCUCAGCGUAUGGUGGUCUCAGGUUAACGAUAGGAUCCUUGAGGGUCAUGUUUUAAAGGAUCUAGAAAACUCGGUGGUGUUAAGUUAUUCAUGUCUAUUAAAAAUUUCCUCAUUAAAAGGGAGUCCUCAGGUUGGGGCUGUUCAGGGGAAAGGUGUCACCAUGCACAACAAAUUGUAACUUUAAAAAGCAUGUUGAUUUUUUUAUAAAUUUAAGUGUGCUUGGGAAUUCCUUGAAUUUUGUGCAAUAAACUAUUU